AGUUGGCUAGCUUGCUUCGCUGGAGCUGGGCGUAUGUUCAUGCGAGUGAACUCAACUGCUGUAUUAUCAUCGAAGAAUCAUCUACUUUUUGCCCGUGUGCAGCCCGAUACAUAUCUGUCAAAUAUAGGCUCAGCCGCAGAAACUUACUCGGAUGAAUUGUGAACAAAGAUGACAAUAUGAUACUGAGCCUGAGAGCAACUCGAGUUUUAUUACGCAACCUUAAUUUAUCAGCAUAUGGAAAACGUACUACGAGUUCAUACCCAACUUUAGGAGGAAAUGAAUUGUUGUUUCUGGAAACAGACAUCAAAUCUCAGACUCGACAAGUGUUGAAAUCACACUGGUCAUCAUCAUCAACAAGGCCAAGGAAAAGAUCCACUUUAUCAUUUACAACAUCAAAAUGUAGCCAAAGAACUUUUCUCUCAAGUAGUACACAGGGUCAAGGGUCAUCUGACGUUACAGAGGAUGAGCGAAGGAAGCGUCUGAUGGCACGCAAUCUCCCAAAGAGGGAACCUAUUCCAGGGGUGAAGAACACGAUCCUGGUAGCCUCUGGGAAAGGGGGAGUUGGAAAAUCUACAACGGCAGUCAACGUUGCAUUGGGUAUAGCUGCUAUUGAACAGAAUGCUAAUGUUGGAAUCCUGGAUGCUGAUGUCUUUGGACCCUCUAUCCCCAGGAUGAUGAAUCUUCAAGGAAAAGAGCCUGAUAUUGAUAAGAAUAACCAACUUAUACCACUAAGGAAUUUCGGUAUAUCAUGCAUGUCAAUGGGUUUCCUGGUAGAUGAGAAAUCACCUGUUGUGUGGAGAGGGUUGAUGGUGAUGUCAGCUAUGCAGAGAUUGGUCAAGCAGGUAGCAUGGGCACCUCUUGAUUAUCUUGUAAUUGACAUGCCGCCUGGGACGGGGGACACCCAACUCUCCAUAUCUCAGCUCAUAACUAUAGCAGGUGCAGUCAUUGUUUCUACACCUCAAGAUAUUGCCUUGCUAGAUGCAAGGAAAGGAGCUGAGAUGUUCAAUAAAGUAGAUGUGCCUGUCCUUGGAAUUGUUCAAAACAUGAGUGUAUACCAGUGUCCAAAGUGCGGUCAUGAAGCUCAUAUAUUUGGACAAGAUGGCGUCCAUGGUGUUGCCAAGGAGAUGGGACUUGAUGUACUUGGUGAUGUGCCCCUCCACAUAGACAUCAGAGAGACCUCGGACAGAGGGAAACCUAUCGUGGUAUCAUCACCUCAAAGCCCACAGGCUCUUGCCUACAAAUCCAUUGCAAAGGAAGUACUCAGCAGAAUAAAAACAGAAGACUUAGAUAGAUGACAUUAUCAACGGAGAUAGUGAUUUGGCAAAGUUACAGGAACUUGUGGAAUGUGAUUUUGCAAAGUUAUGGGAUUUUUUUUGCGUGGUAGGAAAGAAAGGUCAUGUGAUGUCAUUUGACCAAUUAGACUGCCUAUAUUCUUGAACCAGGCCACAUGGGUUUGCUAUGAGACAAUCUGUUGUAGCACAAACAAUGGGGCAAAAGAAAGAUUUUGGCAGUUAAAGGGGCUCAUUUUACGAGAAAGUAGAGAGCGAUAUGGGGCGAUUGUUGUCUAUUGAUUGGCAUUAAUGGCAUUAGUAGACAGAGCAAGAAUUUCUCCAUAGUUUGUACCUAUUUCUUGUGCAGAUCUAAAUGAAUUUCAUUACAAUAUAGCCCAAUUUGUUAUAAAUGAUGUCCAUUUACUUGCGGAAUGUGAAUUCAUAUUAAUGUAUGCAAGGGUCAGUUCAAAUUUUGAUGCAAUCAUGAAUAUGAAAAAGUGUUAUUUGAUGCUAAGUCUUGCAAAACAGCAAUAAAACAUCAUUAUUCAUA